UUUUACACCGAUCGUACGACGAUGUUAAUUACGCCAGUUUGUCUAUGUAUUUAUUUUGCUUUUAAGGUUUCGAAAGACAAGUUUGUAACGAAAGCGUAAGGACUAUAUAUGAGUACUUUUGAAAAGAUAGUCUUCAUGAUUUUACUGCGAAAGACGAAGAUAUCUUGCGAUGUCAUGUACAACAUACCCAACAUACAAUCUUCUAACAGACGUUGAUGAUACAAGGUUUCUGCCAGCCGCUACAGAACUAUCCGACCGUGUUUCUGGAUCAGUGGAUACGAUGAAUCAUACUUUAAUACCAACAAGAGUUAGCUCUCGAAAUUCAAGGCAUCUCGCUCGAUCUUUCAAUGCAAAUACAUGUACGCAUGACGAUGUAGAACAAAGUGAACCACUUCUUCAUCGAACAGGAAACUCUGUGCAUUACGAAUCCAUCUACGAUUCAGAAGAAUAUAAUUCUCAGAGAAAUGGCAUUGAAGUGAUACGAAAGAGGCUUAAAGCCCAUUUUAUGACGCCUCUUCAAAAGUUUAAAUAUCGAGGAAGAAAGCCAUGGAAAUUGGUUGUUCAAAUGUUCAAGAUUAUUUUUGUGACUGCUCAGGUGGYAUUGUUUGGUCAAGAACUGUUUUCUGUUGUGACUUACAUGGAGGAUAGUCAGAAUACUUUUAGGAAUCUAUUUAUCUACAAUUACAAUAAAGAUGGCAACUUCAUCUUCACAAAAGAACAAUUUUACACUCAAGUUCGUCACACAGUUAACCAGUAUUACACCCUCCCUGAUACUGCUGUGGGUAUUUUUGCUCUUCCUACUGAAGAUGGCUAUAUUAAAAGGCUAACGCUUUGCAAGUACUCCUACCUUCAAGGAUUUGUAGAUCCUGGUAACCAAACGUAUACAUUCAACCGAAAAACUAAAUGGGAAUGCCAGGAUCUGCUUCCUCCAAUUAAAUCAGAUCRCCAAAACCUGACAAGCUUUGUAUUAAGGAAUAAUCUCACACAGGAUUUUGACAGGUAUGGUAAGGCAUGCAAAAGUGUAGGUGCAGGGUGCCUCUGCAAAAAAAUCAUUUUUAUCUUCUUGGCUUCAUUAAAUAACGAUCCUGUGCAACAAGGGGGGUACAUCUUUUUUGACAUACUGGUCAUAGUUGUGUGUCUUGUAUCAUUUUCACUGUGUGUGAGAUCUUUGUAUAAACACAUCAAGCUUGUUAAGAGAACCAAGCGUUUUUUCAAGCAGCAAUUGAAUGAUGAUUUGUCUUACUGGGAUUGCUUGGACUUAAUCAACCUUUGGUUUGUGUUGAUGGUCAUCAGUGACUCACUGACUGUGCUUGGGUCCUUUUUUAAGAUAUUGAUUGAAUGGCGAGUUGGGGAACUGACUACAGUACUGUCCAUGUAUGACAUAUGUAGCAUCUUCCUGGGCACUGGAGUACUGUUCACCUGGAUUGGAAUCCUACGUUACCUUGGUUAUAUGAAGAAAUACAACUUACUUCUAGUAACUCUACAAGCAUCAGGACCAAGUGUGCUUCGGUUCUGUGUAUGUGGAGGAUUACUUUACUUUGGGUUCAUGUUCUGUGGUUGGAUAGUACURGGACCGUAUCAUCCUAAGUUCCGUACGUUAUCUACAGUAUCUGAGUGUUUAUUCUCGCUGAUCAAUGGAGAUGACAUGUUUAUGACAUACAGCGAGAUGCAGAAGAACAGCUUCUAUAUYUGGGUAUUCAGCAAGAUCUACCUGUACAUCUUCAUAUCUCUGUUCAUCUAUGUUGUACUCAGUCUUUUCAUUGGUAUCAUCAGUGACACUUACGAAAGAAUAAAGGAUUGGGGGCAUCCUCCAUGUACGAAGAUUCAGAGAUUUGUCCAUGGUUCAAACUGUCAACGGUGUGCCAUGGAAUACCGUGACAUUGAAGAUGAUUCGACUCCUACCAUCAUUACGCCAUCGUCAAAUCAAGAAGCCUGAUUAUCGAUUYGYUUUGUUUGAAUAUCGAUUUGAAUUAGGAAAAAUGGUUUCAAUAAAUUUUUAGGUUAGAGGUGGAGGAAUAUGAAUUGACAUAUAUAAGAAUAAAGUUACAAUGGGGAGGGAGAAUAAAACUGAUUUAUUAUUACAUUAUAGAACCAUUUCAUUUCCAGAUUCUAUAUUAUAAUUAUAUAUUUCUCAGUAGUGCAGGUGCACCAUUUUGUGCAACAAAACAUGAUAGGAGUUGCAGUCCUCGCACUUUUUCAUGUCCGUUAAAAGCGUUUUGCUUUUUUUUCUACAGAAAUAGAAGUAGUUGUGCCGUUCCCAUCAUGUUUUAAGGUACAAAGUGGCGUCGCUGCACAUUUGCAGUCAUAUCCAAAAUUCAUGCAUCAUUUGUCUAUUCGCAAAAUAUGACUGCAAGUCAAUCAAAAAAAUAUGCUUGUUUAGAAAAUAUAAGAUUAUACAAACAUAGUUACUCUAUUUAACAAUUAGACCUCUCUCGAGUGGACUACGAGCUAAUAGCCCAUG